AUAUUGUUACGGUACUUCUUGUUAGCUGGCACACACUUUCUCUCUCUAAAUUCAACCCCACUUCUCUCUCUCUAUCUCUAGAAUAGAAUUCCCAUCUCUCCAUGGCCUCUGCAACAGAGCUGAAUGAACCAUCUUUGCUAGAACGUUUAAUAAGUUCAAGAAACAGAGAUCUGUCUCUGUUCUUGCCCAUAAUCUUAGGCCUCACAAGCACAAGACUUGACUCAUCAUCAGACCCAGAUCAAGAAUCACCAGACACACCAACCACGCGCGAGUCACGUGGCAGGAUCAUCUUCAUCAACCCUUUGACACAGGGGAUGGUGGUGAUCGAGGGUAGUUCUUCGAGAUUGGAUUCUCUGCUUCGAGACCUACUGAGCAACGGUGGUCAACCACCAGCCUCCAAAGCAUCCAUUGAAGCCAUGCCCAGUGUGGAAAUCAGUGGGGAAGAUGAAGGAGGUGAGUGUGUGAUUUGCUUGGAGGACUGGGAGGUUGGUGAGGUGGUCAAAGAAAUGCCCUGUAAACAUAGAUUUCAUGGGGGGUGUAUAGAGAAGUGGUUGGGGAUUCAUGGGUCUUGCCCUGUUUGUAGGUUUAAGAUGCCUGUGGAUCACGAAGAGGUGAUCAACAAGAGUGCUGGUGAUGGUGAGAGUGGUGGUGAUGAGAGAGAAAGGAGGAGGAGAGAGAUUUGGGUGAAUUUUUCUUUCAACAGAGGUAGGAAUGGGGAAUCAAAUCAGACACCUACUAGUGAUUCUAAUGACUCAUCAUCAAGUCCUCCUCCUGGAUCUGAUCAUCAAAUGGAGGGUUAGACCCCUUCUUGUCAGAUUUGAUUUUAUUUUGGAAUAAUAUGUACAUAGAGGAAGACUCUUUUCUUUUCUAUUUUUUUUUUUUUUUUUGUUUGUUUUAAGUUUUCCUUAUCGAGGUUAUGAAUAAAUUAUACAUUUCU